AUGACGUCGUCCUCUGCUGCUUCUCGAUUGGGUUUGGGUAUAAGGACUGCUUCUUCCUCCAUCGCCAGCGAAAUUGCGGGGGUUCGAGGCCACAUUCUAAAGGCCACCGACCGGAAGGACCGCCACAGCAAGGUCUACACCGCUAAAGGCCCCAGGGACCACCGCGUCCGGCUCGUCGCCCACACCGCCAUUCAAUUCUACGACGUGCAAGAUCGGCUCGGAUACGACCGGCCCAGCAAGGCCGUUGAUUGCGUCAUCAAGAAAGCCAAGGCCGCAAUCGACGAGCUGCCGCCGUGGAACCCGAACAUCAAUUUCUGUUCAGACAACAUCUUCUCCGACGGUGUUGAUAUCCGCCCCGUAGGACACGCAGAACGCGAGCCUCCAUUUCUCGAUGGUGGAGACUCCGAGUUCUUUGUCUGCUAA